UUCAAUGUGUAUACCUAAUAAUAACCUAAACUAUAACAUGUUAUACCCAUUUAAAAUGUAUUAAUUAAAUGUUGGCUUUUAUACCGUUAAAUGGUCAAAGUAUUUUCUAAAUAUAACGAACAAUGAAUAUUUGGAAAACUAAAUAAUCGUUCAACUUAAUUCAUUUAAAUAAAAAUGGUCUACACAUAAUAGUUUUCAGCGCGUUUCCAUUGAUUUUGUACGUCCGUAGCAACGGAACCAACAGUAUACAUAGUACGACGCAGUAUGGUUGUACGCUACAAAUGUUUAUUUUCCACUGGUCGUAGUAUUUUCAUAAUCUUUUCAUUUGUCGGUGAUUAAAUAUUAGUAGAAAACAGUUAAAAUAUGUUACGCAUCAAACAAUUACAGAAUAAAUUGUCUGAGGCCCAGGAACAAAUAGACGGUUUGAUGGGUGAAAAUCGAUUAUUGAAAAUUAUGGAGAGACGGCAAGAAAACGCACUAUCUAAAUACGAGGGCACACAUGCUCAACUGCCACAGGUGAUUAAAUCGUACAGCGCAGAUAUUCGGACGCUUCAGACUCGACUGAAGACUAUGAAAAAUUCAUACAGAGAAUUGGAGGACAGAAAUCGCUUGAUUAGUACUGAGCUAUUGGAUGUUCAAAAACAACAUAAACACUUGUUGGACUUGACCAAGAACAAACAGCUCGGCGAAAGGGAGAAAUUGUCGAAUCAGCUCGAAGAAGCGGAAAACAUAAUUAAACAGCAAGAGACCAAACAUCAGAAUUUAAUGAACAAACUCGAACUUCUAAAUAAGAACCACCGAAAUCAAAUAAACGUAGAGAUAAGCAAAAGUAAGGCUCUUCAGAUGGAAUUAAACCGUUUAAAGGAAACAAACGACCAACUACUAUCAAAAAUUGAAAAACUCAAAUACCAAAGUUAUGGUGGCAGACAGAGCUACGCAUUUGGAGUAAACCAACGUAUUGCACCUAAAUCCAGGUCUACGGUAAUUUCUAAGAGCUCAUUAUUAGUUGACGUCGUCGGCGUCGUCGUCGAUCGAAACCCAUCAUCGGGAGUCCACGUGAAAACGGUGAAACCUGAAUUGGUUCACGGCGAGUCCGAGAUCAGCGAUCACACCAAAGACCUUCAAAAGAAUCUAAUGAGGCAAGUACACGAGGAUGUGAUUAAUAAACCGAACAUGUUAGUAAAUGAUAAAAUGGAAUCGCCGCAUUUGAAUUCCGGAAUAGCUGAACUGAUGAAGAAAAAAGAUUUAUCUGACGAAUUUGACGAAAGUAUCGUGCAGCAGAUUGAACCCAAUGAGGCUGACAAUCCUUUUUCUUUAUCAAAGACUAGUGGAAUAAAGUCGACCGGAGAACAUCAAUCGGUGACAAACUUGAAAAUUAAAGACGAAGAAUUAAUUAAUGCUGGUGAAGAUAACUUGCAAAAAGACGAUAAUUCCUGCUCAGAUGAUGAUGAUGAUGAUAACGAUACGAGUAGUGCAUCAUUUGUUAGUAAUUCUGAUGAAUAGAUAUAUCUACGUUUAAUUUUAGUUUUAUAGGUUUUGAGCGAAAAAAGAAAUGUAUUACCGUAAUGGUUUUACAAUGUUAUAUUUUAGUUAUAUUUAGUUAAGAAUAGUGGUCCAAAAAUUUCAUCUGAUCUCAUACGUUGAUUAAACAUAGUAUUAUCUAAUUACUAAUUAUUGAGAAGAUUUUUAGUUGAAUUUCCUUUAAAAAAAAAAGGAAAAAUUUAUUAUUAAUACAUUUAAAAAAAAGUGGUGAAAUUU